UGCUGCUCUCCAUCCUUCCCCUCCCUCCCUUUGCCAGUGAUUACUGUACAACUAGUACACACACACACACGUACACAUACACACACUUCCACACAGCCACAGGAGCAGCCAGCAUGGAGAUAAGCUAGCAUGCACAACUGACAGACUCUAUCUCUCACACACACACACAUACACACACAUACACACUGUGCAUGUGGGAACAGCAGGGCUCCUACCAGAGCCAGAGGCUAGCGCACUUCUUUUCCUUCUUCCCCAUCAGCUAAGCCUGGCCAUUCAUCAGCAUCGCACCAAGGAACCCUUCCACAGCAGGAGCUUGUGUUCUCCACAACCCAGCACCCUUCUUAUUAUCUGCAAUGUCCAAGAGCCUGAAAAGGAAAAACCACUGGACAAACAAAGUCCACGAGUGUGUGAUUGAGAGGGGCCAGGAAGGGGAGCUGGGCUUUGAGAUCAGAGGGGGAGCAGAGAGUGGGCACUUCCCCUACCUUGGAGAGGUAAAGCCUGGCAAGGUGUCUUAUCAGAGUGGCAAGCUAGUGCCAGAGGAACUAGUCCUAGAGGUGAAUGAGACCCCAGUGGCCGGACUUACUAUCAGGGAUGUACUGGCUGUCGUCAAACACUGUAAGGAGCCCAUUAGGAUCAAAUGUGUGAAACAAGGAGGAAUCGUUGAUAAAGACCUUCGCCGCUACCUCAAUUUAAGAUUCCAGAAGGGUUCAGUAGAUCAUGAACUACAACAGAUAAUAAGAGACAACCUCUACCUCCGGACAGUGCCAUGUACCACCAGACAGCCUAAAGAAGGGGAGGUGCCUGGAGUGGACUACAACUUUAUCACUGUGGAAGCUUUUAUGGAAUUAGAGAAAAGUGGAGCUCUCUUGGAAAGUGGAACUUAUGAAGAAAAUUACUACGGAACUCCAAAGCCUCCUGCUGAACCUGCUCCACUUUUAUUAAAUGCAACAGACCAUAUUUUUCCUGGUGGCAUUCCAAGAGUUGAGGGAAAACGUAAACGCAAUAAGUCUGUAAGCAACAUGGAGAAAACAGGGAUUGAGCCUCCAGAAGAAGAGGAAGAAGAGAGGCCUGUGGUAAAUGGAAAUGGUGUUGCAGUGACCCCAGAAUCAAGUGAACAUGAAGAUAAGAGUACAGAUGCCUCAGGUGAGAUCUCUUCCCUGCCUUACACUGCUCCGCUGUACUGCCAUUCAGAAGAAAAGGAAGGCACAGACACAAUCAAGAUCCUAAAGCCUGAUGACGCUGAUGAGCUGGGGUCUUUGCCUGAUAACUGGGAAAUGGCAUAUACAGAAAAAGGAGAAGUCUACUUUAUUGACCACAACACAAAGACAACGUCAUGGCUGGAUCCACGGUUAGCAAAAAAAGCAAAGCCUCCAGAAGAGUGCAAAGAGAAUGAGUUACCUUAUGGCUGGGAGAAAAUCGAUGAUCCAAUAUAUGGCACGUAUUAUGUUGAUCACAUAAACAGAAGAACUCAGUUUGAAAACCCAGUAUUAGAAGCAAAAAGAAAGCUUCAGCAGCACAGUAUGCCCUCAACAGAACUGGGAACCCAGCCGAUGCAGCCCCAAGUAUUUAGAGAAAAGCCACUGUUUACCCGUGAUGCAUCACAACUAAAGGGAACUUUUCUAAGUACCAUACUGAAGAAGAGUAAUAUGGGUUUUGGAUUUACCAUCAUUGGAGGAGAUGAACCAGAUGAGUUUCUGCAGGUAAAGAGUGUAAUCCCUGAAGGCCCAGCUGCACAGGAUGGUAAAAUGGAGACAGGUGAUGUAAUUGUCUAUAUAAAUGAAGCGUGUGUGCUUGGGUACACACAUGCGGAUGUGGUCAAAAUUUUCCAGUCUGUUCCCAUUGGGCAAAGUGUCAACUUGGUGCUAUGUCGAGGAUAUCCCCUACCCUACGACCCAGAAGAUUCUGCAAACAACUUGGUAUCACCUUUAGCAGUCAUUGAAAGGCCGCCAGUGGUUGUAAAUGGAAGAAAUAACUAUGAAACUUAUUUGGAAUACAUUUCUAGGACGUCACAAUCAGUACCAGAUGUAGCAGAACGACCAUUGCCUUCUUUGCACUCUGUUCCAACAGACAGUCCGCUUGAAAAUACAUUUCCACCGCCUCCACCUACACAUGAUGAUAAUGUAUCAAUGGCUUCUUCUGGAGCCACACAAGCAGAACUUAUGACCUUAACCAUUGUGAAAGGGGCACAGGGCUUUGGCUUCACAAUAGCAGACAGUCCAACAGGACAGCGAGUGAAGCAGAUUUUAGAUGUUCAGGGAUGCCCUGGUUUGUUUGAAGGGGACCUUAUAGUUGAGAUCAACCAGCAGAAUGUACAGAAUUUGAACCACUUAGAAGUUGUGGAGUUACUUAAAGAAUGUCCUGUUGGAAAUGAGACUUCUUUGGUGAUCCAGAGAGGAGGUUUCUUUUCUCCGUGGAAAAGUUCCAAGCCUAUAAUGGAAAGAUGGGAAAACCAAGGAAGCCCUCAGACUAGUUUAUCAGCACCUUCCUUACCACCAAAUGUCCCUUUUGCUCCAAUGCUACAUAGGAGUUCAUUUCCCGAUUCCACAGAGGCCUUUGACCCUAGAAAACCUGACCCCUAUGAACUAUAUGAAAAAUCAAGAGCAAUUUAUGAAAGUAGGCAGCAAGUGCCGCCCAGGACUGGUUUCAGAGUGGAUGGAGUUGGCCCUGACUAUAAGGAGUUGGAUGUUCAUCUUCGGCGCCAAGAAUCUGGAUUUGGGUUCAGAAUCCUUGGAGGAGAUGAACCUGGCCAGCCUAUUUUAAUUGGAGCUGUAAUAGCGAUGGGCUCUGCAGACAGAGAUGGACGCCUACGCCCUGGCGAUGAGUUGUUAUACGUAGAUGGAAUCCCAGUUGCUGGAAAAACCCACCGAUAUGUGAUUGAUCUUAUGCAUAAUGCUGCUCGGAAUGGACAGGUCAACCUUACUGUGAGACGAAAGGUGCUAUCUAUAGCAGAUACAUGUCCAGAAAAUGGCAGGAGUCCUGGCUCUGCCUCAACACAACACAGUUCUCCCCGAAGUGAUUCUGCUUAUCCAAACAGCAACCAUUCUGCACCAUGCAAUCCUUCUCCACCAGAGGGUUUCACGUCACAAAGCAUGCAGUCCAGUGAUGUGGUUAUACAUCGAAAGGAGAAUGAAGGAUUUGGUUUUGUCAUAAUAAGUUCUUUGAACAGACCAGAAUCAGGCGCAACAAUUGCUGUGCCACAUAAAAUCGGACGAAUUAUUGAAGGAAGCCCUGCAGAUCGCUGUGGAAAGCUAAAAGUCGGAGACCGGAUCUUAGCUGUGAAUAGCCAAUCUAUUAUCAACAUGCCUCAUGCAGAUAUUGUAAAGCUGAUUAAGGAUGCAGGGCUGAGUGUAACACUUUGUAUCGUUCCUCAGGAGGAAUUAAACAGUCCAGCUUCAGCACCAAGCUCAGAAAAACAGAGUCCUAUGGCACAGCAGCACAGCCCAAUGGCACAGCAGAGCCCCGUAGCUCAGCAAAGUCCUGUGGCACACUCACUGCCCCCUCAACCACUACAGUUGCAAGGCCAUGAGAGCAGCUAUAGGUCAGAAGUAAAAGCAAGGCAAGAUGUAAAACCAGACAUCAGGCAACCACCAUUUACAGAUUAUCGCCAGCCAUCAACGGACUAUAGGCAGCCUCCUGUAGAUUACAGACAUCCUCCAGUAGUGGAUUACCAGCAGCCUCCUCCUAUAGACUACAGACAGCCACCUUUAAUAGAGUACAGGCAACAUUCUCCCGAUACUCGGCAAUUUCCUCUCCCUGAUUACCGACAAUUUCAGGAUUAUGAUUAUUUUACUGUUGAACUGGAAAAGGGUGCUAAGGGUUUUGGAUUUAGUAUACGAGGAGGAAGAGAAUACAAGAUGGAUUUGUAUGUGUUAAGGCUGGCAGAAGAUGGCCCUGCAAUAAGAAAUGGACGAAUGAGGGUUGGUGAUCAAAUCAUAGAAAUCAAUGGGGAAAGCACAAGAGACAUGACACAUGCCAGAGCAAUAGAACUCAUUAAAUCAGGAGGAAGAAGAGUAAAGCUUUUACUGAAGCGUGGAACAGGUCAUGUUCCUGAGUAUGACGAACCAAACUCCUGGAGUUCUCCCUCUACCACCUCCCCAGGGCCGGAAGUAGGUGUUUCCCUUGAUGACAUAAUUGCACCAUUAUCUUCAUCACAUUCAGCCUUGCCCUUUGACCCUACUCACCAGAUACACCCAGAGCCAGCAUGGGAUAUCUACAGGGAACAAGAUAUUGGAAAACCAAAGGAGAAUGCUGCAAAUGGUUAUAAAAAGAAAAGACUGGGAGAGUCGAGGGAGAGGUCAGCAAGCCCUAAGAAAGUAGACCGAUCAAUGCGUGAAGAGAAUUUCAAAAAGGAAUUUCAGGAAAGCAAACAGAAAAGAGCAGAAAAUAGCAAAACCACCUCAGUGGGCAAAGUGACUGUAAAAAGGGUGUUAAUCGAAGAAGAUUGUGGAUAUUCUACAACCGGUGAUAGUGGAGGUCGGACAUCCUGGUCCGCUGAAACAAAAAGCGAAGGAACUUUAUGUGCAAAAGACGUACACAAAGAUGCAACCAGUGAGAAAAAGUCAGUGUCAGGUCUUGAGCAAAGCAAGUCAGAUCCUAGUGUCAUCUCCAAGGUGUACAGUAGCAAUAUAACCAGCUCUCGAGCGAGUGCCAUGGACCAAGAUGAGAGAGAUGCUGCAGCUAAAUGCAAUGACCUUCAAAAAGAAGGGCCCCUCCAUUCCACCAACACUCGCAGUGUCAGCACUGCAGCUCGGAAAGCAACAGUCUCACCAGGACCGUGGAAAAUUCCUGGCUCUGAUAAGCUACCUAGUACCCUGAAAUAUGGCACUUCAGCCUUGAGUAGAUAACUGAAUAUGAGGCUGUUUCCCUUUAACUGUUUCAUGUAGACACAGAACAUUAUUCUUGCUUUUUCUCAAAUAAUUUAAUUUUUUAUUUAUUUUAACUCACAAGUAUUUACAUACACAAAGCAUCUUGGACCUGGAGCAUAUAUUUUAUAAUGCUGUGAGUUUAUGCACACUGUCUAACAAUUUCAAAGAAGCAAACACAGUUCUUGUAAAUUCAUACAUCUGUAUCUGUAGCUAACAGGGCAUUUGUUUGAGCUCUAUUAGCUAUGGAAGAACCAAAACAACAUGAAGUGUGCCUGGGGCGGACAGUGCAGUGAAACUGUUAGCAAUUUUCCCACUGUAUGAAGGAUAUGGAAUACACUCCAGUCUGUAGCAAACUAAAGGACACAUUUAAAGUAAUCAGCAAACUGGAACAUUGCCUUAAAUAAAACUGCACUGAGUAAGAUGAAGGAGAGAAUGAAUUAUGCCUUGCAAUUCGACAUUGGUAUUGUAAAUAUAGAGCUAGCAACAUAUCUAGACAGGGGUUAAGGUAUUUCUCCAAUGCUUUUGGAACUGGACAUCAAAUUGUGUCCACACUGAACAUAUCUACAUUAACCCGCCUGAUACAAGUAGCAUAUUAAACGUGCUGCUCAUUACUUUGGAAACAGUGUUCUCAUGUGGCUCCAUUUUAAUGCUAUAUUUUUGUGAAUAACCCAUCUUUUUAUGUACCUAUCAGUAUAGUGAAGAUAAAAAUGUUUUCUUGAGAAAUGGUUUGUUCCACUAGAAACUGUAUAUGGUAGUACAUUCAAGAUGUAAUGCCUUGAAUGGGGUGCCCAGUCAAAAUCCCAAUUCUCAAAUUUCUAAGCUUUUAUUUGAUCAAAAUAUAUUUUAAAUAUGCACUGUUAUGUAUAGUUAAACUGACUUACAGCCUGAUAAAGGAGCUUAAGGUACCUGUAAAUUAGAAUGACCAGAUGUAUAGCUAGAUUUGACCGAAGGAUAUAAGCAAUACUAGUGGUAUUUUCAGCAGGUAAACUUUCAAACUGAAGGGUCAGUUUUUAAUGUCCAAAAUGUAAGAACUGUAAUCAGCAAGUUCUCUCCCACCAGAGGGAAAAUACCUUUUGUGAAACACAAUGAGGUUUUAUUAAGUCUCAUAUAACUUCACAUAUAGAACCAGGUUCUAGGCCAUGAAAACCCUGAUUUGCCAGACCAUCAUAUGUACUCACUCCCCUCUUGCCUUAGACUCCUCCAAAAUGUAAGUAGAAGGAUUAAGACAUGGGAUAUCACAACUGCACUUUCAGAGCAUUCACUAUAUUUAUAAUGCGGUCAAAAACAAUUUAUUAUUGAAAAACAUAUUUUCAUUAGUAUAUAAUACUUAAAUAUAUGAAAUAUAUAUAAAAAGAAAACAUCUGAAAAGAAACAAAGGUGUUUUUCAUUACACAGUACUAAUCAUGCUUUUAAAACCCUCACUUUUUUCUCAUCUGUCUGCAAUUACUUUGGACAUCAUGAAUUUUCUAGUUGUUUUGAAGAAGCGAGUCGCCAAUACAUUUUUCUUAGACAUGUUUGUCUUUCUAAAAAAACACUAUUUGAUUGCUAGUAUAAAUAAGACUUUUUGCUGCUUAAAGAAAAAAAAUCUCCAUCGACAAUAUGAAAGCACAAAUACAGAGCAUUUUGAAGUUGUUUAUAUGCCCAGCUCCUGCCUGUAGCUUUCAUAGUAGGAGGUUACAUUUACCUUGCAGAAUCUGGUUUGGGAAAAUGCUUCUGUAGUAUAAGUGCACGUCCCAAAUAUUCCUAUUUCUGAUUUUCCAGAUGUGAACAAGGUUAAAAGAAAAUUUUCAAAUAAGGUUACACUUGCAUAAAUCAACCUCCCACAGGCGACUCUGACCUGUUAUAGCAACUGUUUUAUUGCAUUGUUGUAAUCAACAACCUGUACGAAGAGCUCACCAUCAGAUUUCCAUUCCAGAGAAUAUUCUGUGUAGUGUUAGCUGUGAAUUUACCUUGUACAGCUGUAUCUCUAUAAAUAUAAUUCCAUGUAUUAAUAGUCACAGAAAGGCUGUAAGUGAGCAACUAUUUUUAUGAAACGCACCACUAUGGUUAAAUUAACUUUUACAUAAAUCUUGUUUACUGUAUGAUACUCUAAAACACUGUCAAAUAAAGUAUAUAUCCAGUAUCAAAA